UUGUCGUAUCAAACGUUGAGAUGAACGUUGUAGAUAAACGAAAAUCGGUCAAUUCAUCGAGAGGAAGAGGCGGUAGACAGAAUACUCGACUUGAUCGUGGACUUCAAAUAUUUCCGAAAUAUCAGCUUUAUGGAGCUUCACAACAACCUGUUCUACGAUCAAAUGGAUUCAAUGCUGUAAACACUAAAAUGGCUGCAUUAAAAACACCGGCCAAAAAUAAUCGUAAAUCAAGUACAUCUUCCUCGUGUGUCACUCGCAGCAGCCAGCGAAAGAUUUCGACACCUUAUAAUACCGGCGUCACUGGAAGCUCGUCAACACCUACGACAGGAGCAGGUUCACCAUUUGUUAUCGCGAUCACUGAAGGCCGUGGAGACGCCAGGGGGGAAGUGGGUAUUGCUGUGGUAAACGUGCAGCACCCACAUCUAAUUCUUUCCCAGAUCAGCGAUCGUCAUGCCUAUAUGAAAACCUUGACAAAAGUUCUCCUCUUCAAACCGAUCGAAAUUAUCAUGCCGGAUACAAUGAUUAGGAAGAGCGGGACUGGUGGAAAUCUCUACGAGUGUAUAAGGGAUAAGUUUCCUGGACUCAAUAUCGCUGCUGUUUCUCGACAGCAUUUCAGUAAUACAGACGGCUUGGAUCGCAUAAGAACAUUAUGUGCCCCCGAAUAUUCUUCCGUGGAAAUAUACGUGAAGCAGAAAUUCUAUGCCCUUGCAGCCGCUGGUGCUUUGCUAAAGUAUAUAGAGUACACGCAGAAUAUUUUAUACGUGGAGAAGUCAAUGUACGUCGAGUUUCAGAGUUCUCAAGAUACAACUGUUAUCGAUAUAGAUAUAGACAGUGCUCAGAACUUGGAACUAGUAACACAUGAUAAAAAUUUCAACAAAUACACGCUGCUGGGUAUGAUGGACAGAUGCUUGACUCCAGGAGGUAAAAGAUACCUGCGAGCCUCAAUUUUGCAGCCCUCUUGUAAUAAGCGUAUAAUCGAAGAUCGCCAAGCUUGUGUCUCUGAACUGGUUGAGGAUAAUCCGUUAAUGAUAUCUGUACAGUCUCAUAUAAGAAGAUUAUGCAACGUUGAUCAGCUCCUUGUUGUCGGUCUGAACUCACCACAGAAAGAUAAUGUAGCAAGUGCGGAAAAAUACUUAAACUAUGUACUUUCACUAAAAACUACUUUGGAAGUUAUUCCUUUGCUGCAUACAGCUCUCCGAAAUACAAAGGCGAAUUUUUUUAGAAAAGUCUUGGAGAAUCUGAAAGAUAAACGGUAUGACUUGAUGAUGGAUAAGAUUCUGGAAGUUCUGCAACCUGAUGCGCAAUAUGUGGCAGGUUUCAAUACCUCAACCAUGCAGCGCUGCUUUGCUCUGAAGAGCGGAUUAAAUGACAUGCUAGAUAUCGCUCGGCAAGCUUACUGCGAACUCAUAGAUGACAUGAAAGGAAUGGUUGAGACUCUGGCUCUGAAGUAUAAUUUACCAUUGAUAUUAGGAUGUAGCGCUUCGCUCGGAUAUCAUAUACAGAUGGAUUCCCCGAAAUAUAGACCAAUUAAAAUCACAAACCUACCACGUAUAUUUAUAGAAGUGCAAAAGCAUAAGAAUAGUUAUCUCAUGACAACGGAAGCCUUGCUAGUAUUGAGUCAACGAUGUAAAGAUGCUUGCGAAGAACUCCAUCUAAUGAGCAAUGUUAUGCUGAAAGGAGUCCUUAAUGAUAUCAGAGAACAUAUCAGUUGUCUGUAUCAGCUGAGUAAUGACAUAGCAGAGCUCGACCUCAUAGUCUCACUGGCACGUAUAAGCUCACUUUCCAACUAUACCAGGCCGUCGUUUGGCUCAAGAACCGAAUUGAAAAAUUCCAUGCAUCCGCUGAUGGAUCUCACUGGUACUGGUGUUCCGGUUCCUAAUGAUGUGAAUGUGUCACCUACACAUAAUUUUAAUGUAAUAACUGGACCUAAUAUGGGAGGGAAAUCAGUUUAUUUGAGGCAAAUUGUGAUGCUACAGAUAAUGGCACAGAUUGGAUGUUAUGUGCCAGCAGAAAUAGCUGAGUUUCGAAUAACCGAUCGAAUCUUUUGCAGACUAUGUUUUGAAGAUAGCAUCGAAUGCAAUGCAUCAAGUUUUGUUCUAGAGAUCAAGGAAACGCAGUAUAUUUUACAAACAGUAACAUCCAAUUCACUUGUGAUAAUAGACGAGCUAUGCAGAGGAACAACCGUUGAGGAAGGAGAAACGAUUGCGUUUGCUAUUUGCGAACAACUACUGAAUACAUCAGCAUUUGUGUUCUUCACUACACACUUUCUAAGUUUAACUCUCCUAGCCGAAUUAUAUCCUAAUGUCACGAACUACCAUUUUGGAACCAUGUGCCGGCCUGUGGAAGGCUCUACAGAGCAGAGACUGAUUUACACUCACAAACUAAACCCUGGAAUCAUUUUCGCAAAAAAUUAUGGGCUUUUAUUAGCUGAGACUUCUGGAAUUCGUAUCUCAAUAGUCAAACACGCACGGCUGUUGGUUCAAAAGUCAAGAGAAGGAACUAAACCCGUGAUACAAAGUCAGCAAAUUGUGAAUAUAGAAGGGAAGAUAUGCUACGACGAGGUUUCAAAAAUCCACCGCCUUAUUCAAGAUGGCGAGUUCAAUGUGAAAACAGUUCUCGAAUGUGUUAGAAGACUUGAAAAUUCUAACAUUUCCGUUUCUGAGCAAGAGAAUUCUUCAUGCAAUGACCAAAAUACAGGCUCUGCCGAGAGCUCUAUGCUUUCUAUUACAGAGAGAUAUAACAGACUUCGCCAGAAAAGACUUCUAGACACUCCGGCAUCAGAUGGCAAUUUAAUGGCCCAGAGAUCUUUCGUGGAACCAAAAGCAGGACCAAGUAAUAUUGUAAUGAAUACUAAUUCACUAGGCCCCUCGCCAAGUAAAAAGUCUCAAGUGAUUGAGAUGCCUCAUUCUGCAAUCUGCCUUACGGAAGGAAAAAUUGUGACAGAUUUUGGAAAACAAGAUUUGCGAAGACUGAGGACAUAUUCCUGGAAAGAAGAAUCAAAAUCCAUCAGACAGAUUACUUCAUUCCCAAACCCGCAAAAUAUUGAACCACCUCAUUCUCCGGCACCAACAAUAAAACUUGAUGAAGAACCGUACGAGUUCUCACCUCAAAAUUCAGACAAAAGUGAAAGUCCGUCAAUAAUAGACCUAGUAUCGCAGUUAUCAACCGAUACUAUUAUGGCGAAAAUUAGCGCGCGUAGAAAGGAGGCAGAGAUAUUUAGACAAAUCGAGGGCGAGAAUUUUCAAGAACUUCAAUUUUACAACUCGGUCCUUUCACGAACUGCCAGCUCAGUUACAAUUAAAAAUAUCAAGCAUCAGUAGAGCAUCGUGU